GCCACCACGCGUUUCGAGUCCUUAGCAGGAUCCGCGGAAUUAAGUUUGUGCAUGCACUUCCUGCCACACCAUCUUCCUCCGGAGUCGGUACACAACCGCAAUGGCCUCCCUCGCCGCCGUCUCCGUCCAGCCGGUCGCCGUGAAGGGCCUCGCCGGCAGCUCCAUCUCCGGCAGGAAGAUCGCCGUCAGGCCGUCGCCCCGCGCCCUCUGCCGCUCCACCCGCAAGCCUCGCGCCGCCGUGGUGGCCAAGUACGGCGAGAAGAGCGUCUACUUUGACCUCGACGACAUCGGCAACACCACCGGGCAGUGGGACCUCUACGGCUCCGACGCGCCCUCGCCAUACAACCCGCUUCAGAGCAAGUUCUUCGAGACGUUCGCCGCGCCAUUCACCAAGAGGGGUGUGUUGCUGAAGUUCCUGCUGCUGGGCGGCGGCUCCCUGCUGGCCUACGUCAGCGCGUCGGCGUCGCCGGACCUUCUGCCGAUCAAGAAGGGCCCGCAGCUGCCGCCGCAGGCGGGCCCACGUGGCAAGAUCUAAAUUCGGCUCCUCCUCCAUUUACCUAGCUUGCUUGUACUGCGCUCCUUGAUCGAUCGCCAUGGAUCCAUGUCUAUUUAUGUUGUUGAUACUGUGCUCUUUGGCAUACAAGUAAAAAUGACGUUGCAGA